UGCGGGUACCAUGUCUACUACUCUACCGCUCUUCUGGGACAUCUCCUCGGCUUCUCCAAAUACUCGUAUCAAUGCCUCUGUGAAGCUUGUCAAUUCUCUUGAGCAUUUUCAAUCUCAAUACGUACCGAAGCAAAGCGCGGGACAUGGAGAGGACGACGACGAGAAGGAUAUGGGCGACGGCCUGGGUGCGCUGAAUGCGCGGGACGUGGCGUACUCGAUACGUCGGCUAGUGAGGGGAUUGGCCAGUCCGAGGGAAAGCAGUCGGUUAGGUUUUGCAGUUGCGUUAACGGAGCUGUUAUCCAGGAUCGACACUGUGACAUGCUCCCAAAUCGUUGCCCUUCUUCUGGACUCGUCGCAAACCCAAGGUCUUGCGACCGGUCAGGAGGAACGCGACAUGCUCUUCGCUCGCCUCUUCGGGCUCAUCUCCGUGAUCCAGUCUGGGCUGCUCUUCCGCGAUACGGCCUUGCCGUCUUCCUCAAGUCUCGUCUCGAGCUUGGACAACUACAAGCAGGUGCUCACUCAGCUGGUCGAACUCGGCGAGAAGAAGUCAUGGCUGCGCGAGAGCGCCUGGUGGGCGAUCGGUCUUGCCAUUGACGCACUCCAGGAGUCGGAUGCCUCGUGGAAGGAUGACGCUCUAGAAUCUACCAUAAGCAUCGUGUUUGCAGAGAAGAAGUCCUGGACGCCCGAGAAGAUAGCUAUCACGCUAAAGCUACAGAGUCACUUGCCUUCCCGAGAUUGGGAGAAGGUCCUGUCGCCCACGUUCAAAAAUCCGGAGUUGCUGAGCACAGGAAACCUAGGCACUGUGGCUCGGAUACUGAAGGAAUCAAGCGUCGACGAUGACGAGGAGUCUGACGUCCCCAAGUCGGGAGCCUGGAAGCCUCAGGUACACUUUGUCUGGGACAUGCUCCUGGACCGAGUGUUAUCUCCUCCUACGACGCAGAAGGGCUCGAACACGGCUGUAUUCCCCGACUUCUUCCGGAUAGUUGUCGAUGAGUCUUUGUUCUCGUCCACGUCUUCUCCGGAGCGCAAAUACUGGGGCUUUCAAAUAUUUACCAAAGCACUUCCUCGUCUCAGUGCCGGCGAUAUGCCUAUGGUCUUCACUAAAAACUUCAUGCGGUCAUGGAUCAACCACCUGUCCAACAGUGAUCGGUAUCUCCACAAGGCUGCGAGGCAAGUGGUCUCAGACAUACAGUCUCAUGUCAAAGAAAACCCGACCCUUGGUUUCACUCUCAUCUUGCAACUCACGGGUGUGAACGGAAGCCGCCAGUUUGACAAGCUAACCAAGACGAAAACGGUUGAGUCGAUCCUGACGUCAAUGGAUAAGGCCGGCAUCCAGAGCUACAUCGACUACCUUCUGAAGCAAGUGAAUGAUGUCCAGGCCGGCGAGCCGAUUGACGCACAAGCCGUGAACUCCCGGCGCACAUGGAUCAUCGACCAAUUGGCCGCCCUCGUCCGCAAUGGUGCAAUCCCCAAAAGUGAUGACUGGGUGCAGUCUAUUCUGGACUGGCUCACCGUUCAUGGUCUCUUUGCCGUUACAAAGAAGUCCGAGAAGAGCCCCAUUUCGGCGCUCCACAGCGUGCCUGUACCACAAUUCUCCGAUGACCUGAGGAAGCUGUGCCGAGACCGCCUGCUCAGUUGUUUAGCCGACUUGACGGGGCAGGCCACAGUCGUGGAGAAGGAGGACAAGUCUGUUGUCAAGAUGCCCGCAGCGGCGUCCGACGGGCGGUUCUGGGUCGACCGAGUGCUAUCAACUAUUGAGCAGCUCGAGAAGGAUACAAAGCACGUUGCAAUCCUCACGGAGGUCGACGAGGAGGAUCAAGUGCUUCGGGUCAAGGCACGUCAGCUUGCCGCGCGGCUGCAGGCUGUUCCGGAGCCUCAACGGGAGGCCGCGAAAGGUGCCGAACUUCUUCUCUCAGCCACCCUUCUUCAGCAGUACUGCGCCGAAGAGGAAGCCGGUGUGGAAACGCUUGAGAGCUGUAUUGAUGGCGCGACACGAAUGUUUCCAGCGGAGACGAAGAAAAGCAAGAAGUCGCGCAAGUCCGCUGGAGGCGAUACUGGGGAUGACGCGGCUGACGCGCUGGAGCCUGUGGAUGUUCUGGUGGACAAUGUUAUCGGCUUCUUAGAGCAAGCUACUGCGUACUUGCGCGCGGUGGCCAACCAAGUGUUCUUGCUGCUGUCGGGCUCCGUCAAAGAGAGCACCAUUAGUCUCAUUCUUACGCAAUUGGAGCGUCGUGAUCCUGCCGAACUCAUGGCAGAUGAAGACGAAGAGACGGAGGACGACGAAGACAGUGAAGAUGAGGAGGAAGACGAAGACGAGGACGAGGACUCAUCCGAGGAAGCGGAGGAUGGAGAGGAGGAUGCCGACGAGGAAGAGGAUCUUGAACUCCGGAAGAAGAUUGAGGAAGCCUUACGAAUCAAUGGAGUGGAGGCAGCAACUGGUGAAUCUGACGAUGAGAGUGAAGAGGAUCUCAUGGACGAUGAUCAGAUGCUUGCCAUCGAUGAACAGCUAGCUGCGGUCUUCAGGGCACGCGCCACGGAGAAAAAGUCGGGGAAAGAUGUCGAUGCACAGCGGGAGGCAACACAUUUCAAGAACCGUGUACUCGAUCUCCUCGAGAUAUUUCUCAAGAAGCAACCGUCCAGCCACCUGACUAUCCGCUUGAUUCUCCCGCUGGUAGACCUAGUCGUGGGCACAGGCCCAGACGAGAGGCAAUUGGCUGACAAGGCGACUAGUGUCCUCCGGUCCCGAGUAGGCAAGGCCAGGGAAACUCCUUCGUCUGUCGAUAAGGACCAGGCUGCUGAGUUGCUUCAAGAGUUACACUCGCGGGCCAGGAAGGCACCUUCGGCUGACGUUCUUGCUACACUGAGCGCUUGUAGCAUCUAUGUGGCGAGAGCGCUGCAUAACGCAGGUGAAGACGCACCGAUUGCGCAGGCCUACCGAGAGUCCCUAAGUGACUUCGUCACCCGCAAGGCUUCCCGGUUGAAUGCACAGUUCUUCCAAGACCUCGUGCGUCGACAGGUGGCAACUGCUUGGGCUCUGCGGGAAGAUCUCCUCGACCUCGCUGGCAAGGCGGUCAAUGUCUAUCGACAAUGUCAGGCAUUCCUGUUUCUGCAGCUCCUGAUAAAAGAGCUUCCGCAGCUUAGCGACCACGAUGUCAAAGCCGAUAUUCUGAUAUUCUUCCCAAAGCUGCGAACCGCUCUACUCGACGUGAUCUCACAAGCAUGCGAUGCGUCUGACGCAUCUCUUACCGCAGCCCAGGUCAAGGAGCUCCUCAAACUAGGGGUAUUGGCUGUUCGCCACACGCGCCGUAUGUCCGCAAGCACUGAAGAGUUGGCAACCGUAUGGAGUCCCCCAUUAUGGAACGACCUAGCGAGUAAAUUGGCGGCGAGUCCUCGUUUGAAGUCAUCAACAGGUUUGCAGUCGUCGUGUAAAGAGAUAGCCCGGUCUACCGGCCAGUCUGCGAAGCCCGGCGCCGACGGGACUGCGAAGAAGGGUGAUGCAGAGGAUAAUACUGCAGCCAGCAAGCGCAAGGCUGGUGAGCUCGAGGAAGCUCCUGGGCCACAAAAGGCCAAACACAAAAAAGCCAAGAAAGCGAAAGCGUCCUAG